GUGGAUUCACUCAUCUGAGCGACUUUUCUACUCGUCUGACGAGUUCUCACGAAGAAGGUCAGAAGCGACGGAUCUCUUCAGAAAAAUGAACUCCUCGCACAGGCUGCUUCUUCUCUGCGAAAUAUGGGCAGUAACUAUCGGAUGGGCGAGUUCUGUCGACUUCGUGUCGCACAACAUGAAAGAGGACCUACAGAAACUGAAAGAGCAUUUUAAUACCAGCGACAAGGCCUUGUUCCGGGACCCCGUUUUUUUGAGGAACCUCCAAGACCUGGAAUCCAGAUUUGAAGAGGGGGAGCAGAAAGUGCUGAUGGGUGAGCUUUUGGACGUGUACCUUAGCAUUCUGGAGGACAUGAUGAACCGCACCGAGGACGACAACCUGAAACGCAGUAUUACGCUCACUAGAAACAGGGUGUCUGACCUAAGGAAACACCACUUCCAAAGCAAAGGGCACCUGAAGACCCAGCUGCAGGACCUGUGGGCCAUCGAGACAGAUGACCCGCUGGUCCAGCGCAAAGCUGUGCGCGAGCUGACGACGGUAUUCCACAAGGCCUCAGUCCUAGGCAGCAAGAAGAAGGUCCCUGCCCGCAGGAGACGACGACAAGCCGGCAGACGGCGGAUAUAGCCACUCCAACAAAUGGGAUGGGAG